AUGAAAAUUUUGUUCAUUUUGGGCCUUGUAUUGGGUACGACCAGUGCCUAUCGUAUUUUCGGGCAACCGAGUAAGAAGGAGUGUAGUGGAUGUGUUGAAGCCUUUGAUCUGGUGAAAGAGCUGGUUGGAGGAGAUUUGAAAAAAGUUAGUGAGAAGGACUUCAAAGAGCAUGUUGAGGUGGGUCUUUGAAGUUUUAAUUUAAAAACAAGGCUAGAGAUAUGACUAUGGCUAUGGCUAGCUAGUUCUAUGUCUACUAAAAUCUCGUUUUCAGGCCGCCUGCGGUAUUUUAAAAGGUAACGGUGAGCUAAAAUACAAAGAAGUCUGUGACACCCUAAAAAAGCAACACAAGUACAUCUACAACUACCUGAGAAACGUGGCCAAGCAAAUAUGGCCCAAGUUUGAUUGCUGGCUUUUUCUUCGCUGCGACAAGCCCGCUGAAACCACAACUCAGGCGCCCUCGACGACUGGUCAACCAUGGUCCACUCAUCCGACAUGGACCUGGCCAACUAGACAGCCGUGGACUUCGCCAAACUGGCCGACUAGGGGCCCGUGGACUCCACCAAACUGGCCGACUAGAGGUCCGUGGACUCCGCCACACUGGCCUACAUGGCGCCCAAGAACGACCCAGGACCCCGUCACGUGGAGGCCAAGACCAACCCACGACCCCUUUACAUGGAGGCCAAGACCAACUCACGACCCCUUCACAUGGAGGCCAAGACCAACUCACGACCCCUUCACAUGGAGACCACGACCAACAAGCGAUUUUCCAACCACAUCAACUCCGGACCCAUACCGGACCACUACUGCUUUCACUGGUACGACUACUGCACCCAUCUACACCGAACCAACAUCCACCGUUACUGGCCCUCCUUCAACAGAUCCAGCACCUACGACAACAACCACCGCACCCGAAGAAGAUACUACUGCCCUCUUUUGA